GUUUACAAACUAUGGUCAGGCUGUGAACCACACUCUUCUUUGUAUUAAACUCUGUUUUAGUCGUUAGCGAGGUAUUUAGCGAGUGUGUGAGCCAUGUCUUCGAAGAGUCUUUCCUUCGAUGACAACAAGAGCUUCAACUACGCUGAGGUGCUGCGCAGGUUGUCCAUGUCACAGGAACAGUUGUGUCACACUACCGUUGCUGAGACAAUCUUCGCUGCCCAACCUGACCAUCACAGCGGAAGUCCAGCGCAGCUACAGGAUGCCAAUAGUCUGGACUCAUCUGGCGGCAGCUCCAUCCCCUUCUCCUUGGGGCUGCGCUCGCCGGGGAAAGUGUCUCCUCUGCGAGGGCGAACCAUGAAGGAAUACGAGGAGCAGCUAGGCAACCUCAAAAAGGAGAACUUCUCCCUCAAGCUGCGCAUCUACUUCCUUGAAGAGCGUAUAGGUCAGAAGUAUGACAAGGAGGACAAGGACGAACUCUACAAGACCAACAUCGAACUCAAGGUUGAAACAGAGGCACUGAAGCAAGAGUUGUAUGACAAGCAAGAGUUGGUGCGGCAGGCUUCGACGGUGCUGUCAGGGCUGGAGCAGCAGUUCCAGGAGCAGGUGGCACAAAUUAAAGAUCAGCACGAGCAGGAGAAGGAGAAGCUGCAGAGUCAAGUCCAGCAGCUGCAGAAGGUUAGUGACCUCACUCAGUCACCUCUUAGUGAGACAGUUUCUUGUAGCAGUCACGUAUUUUCUUUUGGGGGAUUUUCUUUCUUUUUUGGGGUCACCCUGCCUCAGUGGGAGACGACCGACUUGUUGAAAAAAAAAAAAAAAUAUUCAGAUUUAGUAAUUUCAGCAUCUCCCGUAUUUUCCUCAGGAAUAUUCAGCAUGCCACCGAUGAUAGCAGAACCAGCUGCCCUCGAGAAGUCACAACCUCAGUUGACUCCAGUCAGUGGCAGUUACAGCAAGACUAGCAAUGAAGAGCCAGAGUCAGCCGAGCAGAGAGUGGUGAUUCUAAAAGCACGGGUGGCUGAGCUAGAGAAAAGAGUGACUGAACUAGAGGGAGAACUGGCUGCUAAAGUAGAAACUACCUCUAUAUUGGAGGGUGAUAUCGCCAACUUAAGAAAAGAGUUGGAAGACAAGGUAGAAAAAAUAGCAGACCUGGAGGUGGAAGUGACAGAAAAGGACUUGAAAAUUGAUGAUGUGAUGCAGGAACUAGAAACACGAAACAUUGAGAUCCAAGCCAAGGAUGACCAGAUCCAAAGUCUCUACCAGGAUCUAAACAGAGUUGAGCCAGAAAUAGAAGUCAAGGUACAGGAAAUUGUGGAACGUGACCGAAUCAUUGAGGAAAAAAUAGAACAGAUAGAACAACAGAACAAAAUUCUGGUAGAAAUUCAAAUUACAUUAGAUGAGAAACAGAAACAAAUUGCUGAUAUGGAACACAAGAUUACAGAGUCCAGUGAAAAGAUAAAGAAACUCACGGAGAAGCUUGAUAAGUCCUGUAAAGUUAUUCAAACAUUUGCAGAAGAAGCUCAAGCUCGUGAUAAGGAAAUUGUAUCGCUGAAGAAAGACAUAAAACGUAAAGAGAAAAAAAUUAGAGAUCUUGUGGCAGAACUCAAAGAGGCUCUUGACAUGCUAAAUAAGGCAAAAUGGGAAGCAGAGACAAGUGGUGGUGAAGAUGGAGUAAAGGAAAUGGCAGAAGAGGAGAAUGAGCGGCUGUGGGCAGAAUUGGAGUCUCGCAAGAAUGAGGUACUAGCAUUGCGUGCAGAACACAAACACUCCCUGUCUGAGGCUGAGGAACGUGUGCAUCAUCUUCAAAAACAAUUAGAGGAAAAAAUAAAAGCCCUUGAAAGUCAGCAAGACAAACACAAUAAGGAGACUGAGGAACGGGAGGCACGUCUACGUGACCAGACUCAGCAGGUGGUACAACUUGAGAGUGAACUUCAGGCACUUCGUGGUGAUAUGUCAAGUAGGGAGGGACAAUUGCGCACUAAUCAGGGACUUGUCCAAGGCUUAGAAGAUGAGUUAGCUGUAGCCAAAGAUCAGCUGAAGGAGAAAAAGGCAGAACUGGAAGCUCUUCAGGAAGAGCUGAAAAAGAAAAAUAAUGAUAUGCAGGAUUUGGUGAAUCAUGAAUUAUGGGAAAGGAAUAGGGAAAUAGAACGUCUUCAGGAAAAGCUUAGUGCCUUAACAUCAGAUCGCCGUAAUCAAAUUGAGUGCUUGAAAGACGAGUUAGAAACCAAGAACAACAAACUGAGGAGAAUGAAAGCCAGAUUAAACUGUGAAACGACUGGAAAUAUUGACAGUAACCAAGCAGCUUUAUGCCCUAAAUCUAAUGGCAGUCAGUCAGCAGUAACUCCUACAACAACGGACCAACCCAAGAAUGCUGCCCAUCUGACAGUUGUUACAGGAUCUGGAGGUGAUGUAGUUACUGUAAACCGUCCAUUACAUCUAACAUUCACUGAUGAUAACUCUGCUUCUGUGCAAAUGCUCUAUCAAGAAAUGAGCAAAGUAAGAGGUGAGGCACAAGCUCUACGCUUGGAAAGAGGCAUCUUAAAUGACAAACUUUCAAGUUUACAGAAAUUGUAUGAUCAAGUUUGCCGAACAAAUAAUGCACCACGUACUAAUGAGCACAUUGAGUCCCAUAAAGAGCAACUCGAGGAAAGCAGAGAGGAAAAUUUGGUAAAGGACCGGAAGCAUGUAGAAAUAGUCAGUGAUUUUCAUUCUCAGGUACAAGUUCUGCGCACUGAACUUCACAAUGCAAAGAAAAAAAUUAACCGGCAGUUAACAGAAGUUAGUGUUCGCAAAUACCAGGAAGCUCUGAAAAGACACAAGCAAGAAAUUGCCUCUCUACGAAAGCGGUUAGCAGAUUCGCAUAAUGCAUGUGAUCUACUCAGAACUCGAUUAGAGGAGCUAGCAGACUUCUUAGAACGCAUUCUAGAAAUGGAGGAGAAAGGUCUUAUUAACUUGAGUCAGAUGUCUCCAAAGCAGUUGGCCUUAUUACAGAAAACACUCAAUGAAUCUCGUGCUCUUUCUCGAUCAUUGUCGCAAUCACUAAUGAUCGGUAUGGACUUCACUGAUCAUGGUGAUGAUACACAUCUCUCUAGCUCAGUUAGUUCAGUAUCUUCUUGGAGCCUACAAAGAGAUGAUAGUUUUUCUGAAACACUAGAUUAUUUAGGAGCUAGCAGUCAUGAAGCCUUAGCUAGUCUUCCUGAUGAGACUUUGUUACAGCCAGAGGAUUCCCAUGAUUCAGCUGUUCAAGCACUUGCUGCACAGUUCAACACUCAAAUUGACCAAAAAGCACGAGAAAUUGAUGCCAUUGCUGAGAAUGUGUCAGAGCUUAGCGAAAAGCUAGCAGAGAGAACACAGCAGGUAGAGAUACAAGCAGGAAUAAUUGGUGAACUACGAGGGCAAGUGAGUCACCUUCAGGAUGAAAUACGAUGUAGAGACCUUCAGCUUCUUACACUUCAGGCUGAUCAAACUAAAGACAGCCAAUGUGCUCUCCACAGUUCUUGGCAGAGUAGUAUAAACCCUUUAGCAGCAUCCUCUCAGAGCACUGUGCAUGCUGUAUCCCCUCAGACUACAUUGCUAACCCAUAAUUCUAGCAGUCAAGAAAGUAUUCACAAGUCCCUAAGUAAUUGUUCUGACUCGUUGCCUCCACCCCCUCUGCACCUUCUUCAGGAUAGCGAGUGUGAAAUCACACCUGAUAUCCGGGAGUUGGAGAUUUGUCAUGCAUCAGAUCGUAGCAGCCUGAGUGCAGUCAAGAGUGCAUAUUCUACUGAUGCAGCUAUCAAAGCAUAUAGUGGACACCUAGGUUACUUUCAGCAGCAUGUGACACCUGGUAAACAAAAUUUGGAUGAAGGACUGAAACCACUGGGAGAAAAGCCCAGCGUGUCAGUUAGCUGUGUAAUACCUGAACAGCCUUGGGUACCAGUUUCUCCAUCUGAGAGUGGGGCAUGGACUGUUGUUCCAAAUGCAAGUGAUCGUGCUUCACAUGAAAGUGUCACUAGUAUUGAGUUCUUCCAUCCAUUACCUGAAAAUACAUCACGGAAACAUAGGGUAUCACUAGUCGGAUUUAACGUUAGACGAUGCCAUCGUUGGUCGAGGGUCCACUGUAAUUUGAUUUCCUUAAGUAUUCAACUUAACAUGUUUUAUUUAUUGAUACCUUUGUCAACAGCUGUUGUUCCAAAUGCAAGUGAUCGUGCUUCACAUGAAAGUGUCACUAGUAUUGAGUUCUUCCAUCCAUUACCUGAAAAUACAUCACGGAAACAUAGGGCAGCUUCACUCAGUCCUACUUCUGUCAACAAAGGUAAAGUGCAGGAGCGUCGUGCCUUAAGCAGUAGUCGCAGACGAGAUGGUAGCAAACGUAUCAGCACCCAUUGGAGUGAAGAUAAAGAGAACCUUCACAUUGCCACCACUACAAUCACCACCACCACCACCAACAGUAGUAAAAGAAACAGGCGUAUUCACAGUGGCAAUUCCAGCGAAGCAGUGUUCCCACAACAGGCUGCUCAACCCCUACUAUCUCACCAACCUGAAGAGGAAGGAGAUGGGGGUACAACUUCUGGUGAAUCUCCCGAUUUGGGUAUUGGCUCUGACUAUCACUUCUCCAGCUUAGAAAGAGGGACUCGCACGCUGCACUCACUUGUACACACUGCUCAUGAUCUCCCAAUACCUCCGUUGUGCUCCGAACCUAAUCUCCAGCAGUUCCUGAGUCACAGCACUUUAAGUGAAGAGAAUCAGCAGUUGAGACUUCAGCGGGAUAAUCUAACAUCUAAGUUGGCCUCUACAACAGAAACAUUAAAAGAAGCUCUAGAGAAGCUCUCCAAAGCAAAUCAGCGUAAGGAAAAUGUAGAAAGAGCUAUUUGUAAACAACUCUACAAGACACAUGAUGUGUUAAAGAAAGCAAAAACUCACCUUAAGCAAGCAAAUGCACUUCCUCAAUAAAUUUCAGUGUUUAUAUGAGGCUAUCUGGUUAGUGAAAAAAAUUAACAUUCUGUAUAAAAGUUGCAGAUACUGCAUUGGACCUAGUGUGUUGGCCACUGGUAAAUUCAUUAGUGCUAUUGGUAUUAAUAACUUACCACAGUGAACUGUCAAAACAAUAUAUGUAGUGCAAGACAAAUGUCAGAACUAAAAAUGUCUGCAUGUAAUUUGAAGUAUACUUGUGUUGCAAUGUGGAGAGAGUGAAGACAGUUGUGAGAAUUGCUCCAAGUUAAAUGGCUGUUUGACUCCUUGUGUACCGUCCUAUAUAAUUUGUGACUUUACAGGUUGGUGAUAAAUGAUACAAGAACACUACAUAAAGUAUUGGGAAUACUCCCUGCUCUGUGAUAAUUGGAAUAACCUUGGCAGGUCUGAUACUUGGCUUUCUGCACCAGUGUUUGUAAAUUUUAUUACAAUUUGUAAAGCUGGCAUCUUAUUGUUAAACAUGAUUGUAUUGUAUAUAUGGUGCUGAUAUGUGGGGUCCACACUAAGUUUUGCUUUUGAAAUGUUGCCAUUCACAGUAAUUUAAUACCAUCACUUGUUGGGUUGCCUUCUGUGAUUACAAUAGCCCAUAUCAGGUUUUGUGAAAUUUUAAGGAUUAAGUUAUAGCAAAACUGAGCAUAUGCAUUGUUCCAUAUUUAAGCAUUUAUUCAUCACAAGCCCUAUUUUCUAUGGACAUUCCAACUGUUAAUCACAACCUUGGUAAAGAUUACUAUCAUUUAAUUGAUUUUAUUAGAGUUUCUAUCUCUUCCUGUAACAGUCUUGGUGGUCUUAUUAUUUUACUGGUUCAUUAUGGAGAUUGCUGUUUAAAAUUUUACAAAAAAAAAAAAUGUAUAUACUGCACAUGUACAUUUUCUAUAUUUAUUUGUGGUUUACUUUAUGAAAAUUGUUUUGGUGGUUCUGGUUAAACUGUGCUGUUCUUUUGUCGUGGUGCUGCUACUUAGGGCUAGUGUGUGUGUCCACAAAUGAAAUGUUUCUGUUUGGUAGCAGAAAUAAGAUGUGCACAGUUUGAAAGCCUUUACAAGCAACUGCCUACGAUUUCAUGCACACAAAUACUUCUGCCUCCAAUCCAGUUUGUUGUACAAUAUUUUAAUAUUUAUAUUGUAUACAUUAGGAAUAUGCCAAAGUAUUGGUGUGUAUUGGCCUCAAAUUGGGUAUUGGCAAAAAUUUUGGUAUUGUCAAAGUCCUAGUAUACAUUUUGUUUAAUGACAGGAUAUGUUGAAAAUAUCCUUGUGAUGAAAUAUUGCUUAUUUUUAAUCCUUAUUACCGGGUAUUAAUAGAAAAGGUUUUUACAUCGGAUGAUUGUACAAUAUUACGGUACAAUACCUUACUGUAAAAAAUUAAUAUAUAUGUAAUUAUACACAUUUGUAUAUAUAGCACACAAGGCAUAAGAAUAUUACACAAAGGGUGCUUGUACAGCUUCAGAAAUGUGUAUAUACUGUAUUUUGUACCAAGCUGGUUGUCUUCCAAGAUUUAUUAUGUACAAAGUAGGUUAAAAGUGUGUGUGCUUUGUGCACAUGGGCCUCAAAUGAACUGAUAUGUAUUAUAUAGUUGAACUGACAUGAAGCUUAAAAUAUCAUGAAAUAAUUAAC